AUUCAGUCCGUCACUGAUUCAUUAUCCCACUCCCCACCCCCAUCUUCAACUGGUCCCCUCAUAUCCGUGGAUUCCCUAUUUUGGUUGAUCUGACUCGGGAUCUUCCUCUCUCUGUCGCUACCUGAUCCCCUCUCCUCUUGGCCUAUCCCCCCUCUCUCUACCAGAUUGGUUCCGUCACAUUUGGACAAACUUACCCCCCUCGUCGUGCGGCCCGGGUCCUUUCCACCCCUCUCCGCUCUCACUCUCCGUUGGCUCGACCCUGCCAUCUUACCCGUUUUUCGCAGCUCCAAUACGCGACCGAUCCUUCCUGCGGACUUCGACGCUUUCGCUGGGAUUUCUAGGGUUUGUCUUUUUUUCCUUUUUACUCUUCUCCAUUUUGGGUCUUCUCUGGGGCGCUGCUCGGCACGUGAAUCGCGGAGGUAGUUGGUGAGUUGUCGUCGACGAAACCCUCUUAGUCUGUCGCGCCUCUUCCUGACGCUCCGGUCUACAUUCAUAAUAGCAUGGUGGUUACUUCCGAACUUUCGAGGAGCUCCGUCCCGAUUUGAUCACCCCGUCGAUACCCGCCAGCGCGAGGCAUGGCGCCUCCGCACCCCCCUAGACCGGCUCCGGCCGCCGCCACGGCUGAAUCCAUGCCGGCCCCCUCGACUCGUCCCGUGAAUGGGGAGGCUCAUGCGGCAAACAUCCCCACCCCCCCGUCAGCGUCCGUCGUACAGAAUACGUCCGUGAAUCGCAAGAAGCAGAAACGCAGGCAAAAGCAGGCCGCUCGCCUUGCGGCGGAGAACCAGCUCGGGAACGGACACGUGCCGACGAGUGUCGCCGACCGGAACGGCUCCGGGUCCGCCUUACUCGAGAGCGUUCUGUCGUACGAGCCGGACUUCGACAAUGUGAAUGGCGACGUGUACUACGACGACGAGCAGGACGCUGCGAGUGUCCACUACGAUUUCCCCGACAUGGCGAACGGGCCCGACGAUCAUCCCCGGACCGCAGGGCGGAAGUCGAAGAAGAAGAAGGGCAAGAAAGGGCGGUCGCACUCGGAAACCAUGGGCGACGAAAGUCCGACCUCGCAGUCCACCCCGUCCAUCUCCAUGUCGUCGCAUCCGCUUCCCCCGCCGCUGCCCCCGCACCUCGGCGCCGGACCGCUGUUGAAGGCCGCCAAGGACCGCAGCAUCUGGAAUACGUCGACCCAGGAAGAGCGCGAGAACAUCAAAACCUUCUGGCUCGAGCUGGGGGAGGAGGAACGUCGUCAACUCGUCAAGGUCGAGAAGGAUGCCGUCUUGAAGAAGAUGAAGGAGCAGCAGAAACACUCGUGCAGCUGCACCGUGUGCGGUAGGAAGCGGACGGCGAUUGAGGAGGAACUAGAGGUACUUUAUGACGCUUACUACGAGGAACUCGAACAGUAUGCCAACAAUAACCAGAGCUCCUUUGAGAGAGGCUCCCCGAUCGUCCCUCCGCCCCGCCUAUACCAGCAACCGUUACGAUCCCCCGGCCAACACACCCGAACGCACGGUCAGUUUCACCCCUCGCGAGGGCGCAUCCACGAGUUGCCCGAAGACGACGACGACGGCCUCGAAGAGGACUACGACGAGGAGGAUGAGGACGACGACGACGACGACGAAGAAGAAGAAGAAGAAGAAGACGAGGAUGACGACGACGACGACGACGACGACGAACCGUACAGCGACGAUGAGUUUGAGGACGAGGAAACCCGUGCUGCCCGUGCAGACUUCUUCGCCUUCGGAAACAGUCUAACGGUAAAAGACGGGAUUCUCACGGUUGCGGAUGACCUACUCAAGAAUGACGGGAAACAUUUCAUCGACAUGAUGGAACAGCUCGCUGAACGUCGGAUGCAACGCGAAGAGGACACCCAGUACGGUAUCGCUGCCGCCCAUCAGUCGCUUCAUGGUGGUCACAACCAUGGGCCUUUGGACGACGAGGACUACGACGACGAGGAAGACGAGGACUACGACAGCCAGGAGGAAGAGGACUACGAGGACGAUGAGAUGGAUGCGAUGACGGAAGAACAGCGCAUGGAGGAAGGGCGGCGAAUGUUCCAGAUCUUUGCGGCUCGAAUGUUCGAACAGCGCGUCUUAACGGCGUACCGGGAAAAGGUGGCUGAGCAACGUCAGCAGAAACUCAUCGAAGAACUGUUGGAAGAGGAGAAUCGAAACGAAGCGCGGAACGCCAAGAAAGCUCGCGAAGCCCAGAAAAGGAAGGACAAGAAGAAGCUCCAACGGCAGGCCAAAGAGGAGGAGAAAGCCCGGAGGGAGGCGGAAAAGGCAGCCGAGGAAGCGGCGGCGAAAGCCGAGCAGGAGAAAAGGCUCGAAGAGCAACGGCAGAAGCGGGAAGAACAGCGCAAGAAGCGGGAGGCCGAGCGAAAGGCCCAGGAAGAGGAGCGUGCGCGCAAGGAGGCCGAGAAGCAAAAACGAUUGCAGGAAGAUCGGGAGCGACAAGCAGAAGCGGAGCGGAAGAAGGAGCAAGACAAGAAACGGCGGGAAGAAUCGCGGCGAAGGGAGCGGGAAGAGCGCGAGUUGCGGGAGAAGAAGGCCCGGGAUGAACGCGAGCGCAAAGCGCGGGAGGAACAAGCCCGGAAGGACAGCCAAAAGGCCGGUGUACCGGCGAAUCGACCGUCGCAUCCGGGGCUCGUCCCAAUCCCUGCGAAUCUGUACCAUCCUCAAGGGCCCCCGGGCCACCACUCAUCACCGCACACCCAGAUCGCUACGCCGAUUGUCCCCAAAGCCCCAACUCCCGCCCGACCCCGUCAACCAUCCCAGCAAGACUCCCACAGCUCCUCUCCGCGAUCCCAAGCGACCAGCGCAGAACCCUCGCAGGUCUCCGUCUCCCCGCGAUCCAUGGGGCCCAGCCAGUCCUCUGGAGCCUCAAGUGCUACGUCCAGACAGGGCCAAGGACCACAGUCGAUGCUCCACCAUCCUCAACCUUCGACACCGCUGUCCCCGCUGGGUCGCACUCAUCCGCCAGGGUUCCCAAGCGGCAACGGAAUGCCACCGAAUCCGCCGGGGUUGGCCGGGAUCAUGCCUCGGCUGCCAAUGAGCCAUGACCUACCUACGUAUCCCCCGCACACCGGGCCACUCAUGAAUCAGCCGCGAGGGUUCCCGGCACCCAACGGCAUCCCUGUGCCCCCGGGCAUAAAUGGAUCCCGUCAGAUGGGUCCCGGACGAGGAUUCCCGCUGGACCCUGGCCACAAUCUUCCGUUCCACGGCCAACCGCCCAUGUCGGGUGCGUUCUCCACGCCGCCAGGUGGACUGUCCCAUGGCCAUUCCCGGCAGCCUUCCGGUUCGUUUGAGCGAUCCCCCCUUGAGGUGCAUCACACCCAGCCAUUCCCGAUCACUCGACCCAGUCCUAUCAAGCGCCCGUCUAGCACCCAGCAGGAGCAGCCGGGGGACCAUGCACGGACGACCCGUGGGGAUGUAGACAAACUGAGUACCCAGCUGGGCAGCAGUGCCCUCCUUGAUGACACAGAUAUCCCGUUCACAUCGAACCUGUCCCAGUCAUUGCCGGGUGGCACUCUUCCAGGAUCUUUACCGGGACCGACCCGGGCCAGCUUCGGCGCGCCAGCGCUGUUCCCGGAUCCUCUCAGUGCACCGAAACACUCUAAUUUCCCCAGCCCCGGAGUGGGCAGCAACACGUGGGGCCCGCAGAUUCCCUUUGGUGCCUCCGCCUUUCCCGGUGCCCCGUCAUGGGGAACCACACAUGGGAGCGGAUGGGCCAAUAACGUAUUCGGAUCUGCAGGUCACCACCGUGCUCACACAUCUCGACCUGUUGCCAUCAGACUCCUCGUGAUCCAAGCCUGCAAACAGCUCGACACGAUGACUCCAUCUAAGGGCAUAAGCGGCUAUCACGACGUGAAAGUCAUUGGCCGACAAGUGGACCAACUCCGACCACCCAACGAGCCUCCAAUCUCCCUGAAGGAAAUGCUAGACAUCUGCGACACCGAGGGCAACCCGCAAAACGGCGGCGGGUCAUUCUCGAUCCGGGACGACGAGGCAAGCGAGUUCGUCAAGUUCGAACCGGAUAACAACAGCGCCAUGGCAGGCCACCGGGGGAGCCUUGUCCCUGGAGAAAUCGGCAGCCCCGUACCAGGGAGCAGUCUACCGGCGUUCGGGGGAAUCGGCUCGACCUCAUCUGUGCUACGGCAGUUUUCUCCACCAACAACGGGGUUCUAGGCGUUUUAUUUUUUUGAACGAGGGGUAUUCUCGCACAAAUUUUCUUUCUCAUACACACACAACACACAUACUGCAUUUUAGGUAUCGGGUGGAUUCACGGAAAGGGAAUUGAUUGAUAUGAUAUGAUUAUUUUGAUUUGUGUCCUCAUUUUUUGACGCCCUGUUAUCUUCGCUUUUCUUUUUUUGCGCGCACUUUGGGACGGACGAUUGACUGAUGGAUUCAUUACUUACUUACUACCUUACCUUAUGUUCGAUUGAUUGAUUGAUUGAUCAACUGGCUACUGGCUUGAAAUGAAUGAAUGGUGAAUUAUUGCCAUAAUUGACCGCAAUAAAUGUUUCCCUGUUGGUCGUUUUUUUCUUCCUGCUUUGUCCGAAGCGUCUUGUCUUGUCUUUUGUUGACUUGUCAUGUCAUGUUGCUCAUGCCUUUCAUACCUACCUACUACUUACAUCAAACAUUACCCAGGCAUAACUUUACUACUUACAAUACCAUCAGGCAUUCUCC